CUCAACGCUCGCGCCCUCUUUCUCAUUGCUCUGAGGGCAUUAUGGCCAAAACCCGACGCGGCACUCAAGCUUCCGAGGCCACACAGCCUGCUGAACCCGAACCUACUCCGAUUCCUGCACCGACUCUGACACCUUCUGUCCCUUCUGGACCGAUGUCAUGUCCGCCUUCAACGCCUUUUUAUUACGCGCCGGGAUACGGACAGGGGUACUAUCGUGACGGAAACGAUCGAGGAGCCAUGCCUGUCGGAUUGUCACAAUAUCCGUCUGUCCACACUCACGCACAACCACCUCUUCAUUCCACGCAACCGACCGCUCCGCCAUCCGGUGUUACAUUCCAAGCAGGGACCGGGAGCUCCUCUGGUCCUGUUUCGGGUCGGAGAGAAGGGCAGAAGAACAUUUCGGAGGGUGAACUCGACAUUCUGUUCUCAAUCUUGCUGGAGGUCAAGCCUCAUGGCCCGAAUAUGUGGAACAAUGUUGCAUUGAAGUACAACAUAGAAGCGCAGAAGCAAGGCUUUCCACCUCGGACUCUUGCAACACUGCGACGGAAACUGAACAAGCUCAUCAGGGAGGCCGGCGGCACGAAGCCUACGGGGCAGAGUCACAAGUCGUGGCGUCUCCAGAAGGCAUUCGAGGUGGACUGGGCAAUCCGUGAGAAGUAUGGAUGUGCCGUGGUUGACGACACGGCUGGUAUGGAGGAGGACGAGGGCUCGGACGAUGAAACUCAAGUAUCACAAUUCACACAUGACUCUCAGCAAUCGGCGAGUUCCGCACAGGGUCCCCGGCGAUUGGCGGCGAGUUCCCACUCUGCUUCACAAAAAGAGCGGUGGGUUGCUGAUAAGGCUUAUAAAGUCUCGCAGACUCCCGUGGAACUGACAUCGACGCGUGGUCGCAAUUCUGCGGCGGUCCAGGCGAUUUCGAACCUCGCAUCCGCUUUCGACCCCGCAAAUGUGAAGGCCCGUGAUGAAGCCAAGGCAGAGCAGCGUGUUCUGUUGUUGCAACUUGCAGAUGCGCAACAGGAGCUUCAACGUCUCAAAGCAGAGAAUGAUCGUCUUCGAACAGCCCUUAGUGAGGCUGAGCUUCGCGCGCAACGGGCUGAGGAUCGGUUGGAGCUGGAGAAAGAAAAAUAUCAAUUCAAGCUCGAAGUCUUGGGAAGCACUCGAAAGAAUGGGAACUAGCUUUAGAAAGUAUUACAUUUCCUGUUGUUGGACUACAAGAUGAAAUCGGGAAACCCGAUCCCUUUCCCGAAUGUCCGCAAAUGCCAUGUUACUCAAAUUGUCCCAAACGUCUGGUUCUGCCUCCCUCCAGUACUUGAAGUAAACUUCACGGAUCUUGUUAAUCCCAACACAUUGUGCUCGCACAUUGAUGAGACGAAAACAGAGUUCCAGGAGCUCGGUACGCUCCUCCUUGUCUGCAUCAUUCACGCCGGACGGAAGUGGGACUCGUAACCGUCCAAAUGAGGCUUGUAUGAUGCGCAUUCCCCAUUCUGCAGUCUGGCGAUACGAGACCAACUGUCGAUCAAGGCGCUCUUUUGCUGCACGCUCAGCGGGAUCAUUU